AUGGCCAAGAUUUGGCAGAAGCUGUGGGACUUCUUCAUUGUUCUUCAAAUACAGUGUUCAAAUCCGCCACACUCGUCAAUGUAUUCCCACAAGAAGCCUGUUGAUAAAGCUCGAAGACUCCAGGAUGAGCACAUCAAAGCCAACUUAAAUUUUUUCCUCACUUGGGACCAGUGGGUGCCACCGAAUUUGUGUCCAACUCCAUCCUCUCCAAAAGACCGAAUCACUAUGCGCAACAACAAGCUUCACGUGGGACCUAAUCUACCAACUAUAUCCGGCCCUGUUCAAGUUGCGAAAUCCACAGUCGCCACCAUGCCAUCCGACAAGACGCAAAACACACAUCAUCCCAAGAACAAUGGUGGCCACACAGUAUUUGAUAUGUACUGGAAUACUGAGGGUGAUGGAGCGCCGACAGUAAAAUUACCGACUGCACCACAAUCGGCUGACCUACAAGUUGCAGGCCUAGAACAAACUCCUCCAAGGGUUCAUCUUGCUCCAGAUCUCGAACUGGCGACUAUGGAAACUUUAAUGGUGGAUGGCAGCAUACCCUUCUCAGUCGGUCAAUAUAAUAUGGGUUGGACUGACAGUCCAUGUGCAUUGGUGGUUGGAUUUGCUGCCAAUUUUGACAUGUGCUGGGGAGAUGUGUUGCCAGGCAGAGAUAUUCACUUAGACAGUGCUUCUCCUAUUGCACCGCCGAUCGACUUGGUUGAAUCCGCACCAACCAAUGGCUUGCCAAAUCAAAUUGUCGACACCGGCAAGGAAUUGCUGUGCCAAGCUACUAUGAGGCUUGAUAGCAUUGACGCUGUGAUAAGAGAUGACCGAGGACAAAACUCGGUAAAUAUGUCAGAUGCCAACUGGCUGUUGAUAUCAGAUUAUCAGCAUGCAUGUGACCAAUUUCUCACAGCCAGCAAGGAUGUUGCCAAGAUUCAGCAUCUCAUGAACAUGCACCGCAAGAUCGAUGAUCCACUACAUAUAUUGCUACUAGCAAUGAGGAAAAUGGGCCAGGGACAUUCCCCAAUCCAGUGA